AUACAACUGUGAAUAAUAGAUACUGUAGCGUUUAAAAUACAGAAAUUAUUCAAUAAUUUCAAUUUAUAUAUCAUUAACAAAAAUAAAACAAUUAUGGCUGUUAUGCUAUGGCAUUCUCUAUUGAAUAAGGAACUUGCUCAGGCCAAUGAAUAUGAAUUAUACUUAAGAGAAUCUUACAUUUAUAAAAGCGAUAUUGAAUUGUUUGGUAAAACUAUCGUUGUUACUGGUGGAACUGAUGAAGUUGGAAAAGAAUGCGUCAAAAAUUUUAUAAAGAGGGGUGCAAGAGUUAUUGUAGGUUAUAGAAGUAGCAAAAACGGCAUCAAACUUAAAGAAGAGAUUGAAGAUGAUGAUACGAAUAAAGGGACACUGGUACUAAUGGAAUUAGAGUUAUCAUCAAUGGAAAGUGUGAGAAAAUUUGCUGAAAAGAUUAAUAAAAGUGAACAGAGAUUGGAUGUUUUAUUAAAUAAUGCCGGAAUUCUAUCAAGCAGUACAGCAUAUACAAAAGAUGGCUAUGAAAUGAUUACAGCUGUCAAUUACCUGAGCCACUUUCUUCUGACACAUUUACUACUGCCUCUACUAAAGAAGAGUUCACCUAGUAGAAUAGUCAAUGUAUCUUCCUUUGUCCAUAAUUUAACAACUGAUAUGAUGUUUGAUGAUUUUAACAUUAGAACUGGAUAUUUUAUUCCGACUUCGUUCUAUCUGUAUGGAAGAAGUAAAGCGGCAAUGAAUAUGUUUACCAAAGAAUGCCAAAGAAGAUUUAAAGAUAUGGGUAUAACAUCAUACAGCUGUAAUCCUGGCGCCGUAAAGACAAACCUUUUUAAUCAUUUUAGUCUAAUCAAGGAUUUUACAAACUAUCUUUUAUUUAAGACUUUUAAACUGAUAAAUCCCAUUCAAUUCGUCGGUAAGUCUGCUAAUGAGGGUGCUCAAACUCCUAUAUAUUGUUCAAUUGAAGAAGGGAUAGAAACCUACGGCGGAUCUUAUUUUACGGACGGUAAACCUUUUAAGGAAUCCAAAUUGGUUAAUAAUGAUGAAGUUUGUGAGAAAUUAUGGGACUAUACUACUGACCUCUUGAAUUUAUCUAAACUAUAG